AAUAAUAAGUAACAAAAGAAGAGCGUUCUAUAGUGACAGUAGCAAAAAACUGCACAUACAUAAGGACAACACCAGUCCUUUCCUCUCUUGUUGCUGCCACCUUUCUCCGGGCACAGCUGCUGCUGUAGUUACAUUGGAGGCUGUGGUGGUCUGAGAAAACCAAGCUGUGCUGACAUUAAGAAAUGACGUGUAAUGUGUGGUCCUGACUGAAGAGGGCAGCACUCCGCCUCAGCGGACAGACUGAACGCUGCAGAAGAAGAAGGGAGAGGACGUGAGUUUGUGUUGUGUUCCACAUGUGUGGAGCUGCUCUGCUGUUUUCACGGAGCCACACAGGCUGGUUUCGUUUAAACACGUUUUCUUCGGGAAGUCCGCAAAACGUGAACAUGGAUGAAGCACUUGUUCGUGCCGCGAUUCCUCGUGAUCUGGUGAAGGUUCUUGGUGUCAAGAUCAACUCCAAAGCUGAGGCCUUCACCCAGGCGUUCCUGAGGAACAGCCUUCAACAUCACGAAAGACAUGAUCUGAAGAACAUGCUGAGUUACAAAGCUGUGAUACUUGGCUACGCCAGGCCCAAGAAGGACACACUGAAAAGGACCAGCAAGAAAGCCAAAGGACUGAACGCUCAGCAGAAGAGGACAAUGAAGGUCUUCCAGAUCAAGCCUGAGCACCAGAGAUACGAGCUUUUCUUGCCGCUGCAUGAACUCUGGAGACAAUACAUUACUGACCUGUGCAAUGGCUUGAAACCAACAAGCAGUCCACAGUUUGUGCAGCAGAAACUUCUGAAGGCGGACUUCCAUGGUGCUAUCAUCACAGUGAUCCGGUCUAAGUGCCCAUCAUAUGUGGGGACUACGGGUAUUCUAGUCCAAGAGUUCAAACAUGUCUUCAAAAUCAUCACUAAAGAAGACAAACUGAAAGUGAUCCCAAAGCGGAACAGUGUGUUUUCAGUGGAGAUCAACGGCUUCAUCUCCCACAUCUAUGGAAGCAAGUUUGAGCAGCGAGCCAGUGAGCGCUCCGCGAAGAAGUUUAAAGUGAGAGGAACCAUCGACCUGUGAUGGCACUGAGCGUCGCUGCAGGAUCCAGUGUGCCUCACAAGAGAGACAUUACAUACCCGAACGUCCACUGCCCUCUAUUGUCACCCAAGAGGUACUGCAACAACAAUGUCGUAGCAGUGUGUGGCAGAUAGAUGCAUUGUGGAUAUUUACUGUAUAUGAUACCAUAAAACCAGCGUCUGAAAAAUUCUACUUUAGCUUUUGCUUUAGUUUUUCACCUUGUUGCAUAUGGACCACGUUCACACGUGUGGAAACACAGACAGGUUUUAGCUGAAGGUGCGUAUGGUUUAACAGGGCCUUGUUAACAGGCUGAAGGAGUGUCAGAGGUUUCCCACCCAGGUAAUCUGACAGUUGCUGUUUUACAUGGAGACAGUUAUGAAAAUGCUGUUUCUGAUCAUAUCCUAUUGCCAGAAAAUCAAUCAUUCUGCGAGAGUGCUGGGAAGAUACUUCACUCUUUCUUCCAUUUAUUUGUCACAAGCACUCAACACUUAAGAGUGAUAACCAAUAGAGGUGUAUGGAAGAAAAGUAUUUUUUGCAAACGAUUUAAACAUUUCCAUAGAAAAAGUUGGUGUUGACUUUCUGGUCGUAUUUUUAGUUUUUGAUCAGAUGUUUCUGGAUUGAAAUUGUGUUGUUUGAUGAUUUUAAACUGAAUUUUGCUUGGAUUUUGCCUGCUUCACUUAUGAAAUUGAGAAGUUUUUAUUUAUUUGAUUAAAUCAAAAACUAUUUUUUAUGGAAAAAGAUUAACAUUCCUCAAAGAAAAUACAUUGUGAUGGCAGUACCAAAACUUUAUCUCAUCAGCUCUGAAGUUUCAAAGAAUAAACUGCUGCUUGCUGCAUUGGAAACGCGUUUAACCAAACAAUGUGGAUGUGUAAUGUGUAUUGUGCAGUAGAGGACAGAGCGAACAAAUACAUGUCUGUCUGUACCCUUUCUUUCUGAGUCAUUAGGAAACAUGCAGGACUUCCUUGUUCCUGUUUGUAACAGAAAAUGUGAAACAUGGUGGGCUGUCAGCUGUUUCUUCCUCAAUACAAACACAGUUCUUUGUGUCAGUACUUCUUGAACACCUGGGGAUGUCUGAGUACCUGAGUGCAGGUUUGCCUCUCACAUUGCUGCUCCCCAGCAUGCUUUUUAUAAUUGACUUGCUUAGAGAAGCUGACUUAACGCUGUGCUGACACUGUUGAGCUGUAGGUGGAAUUCUGGAUUUUGUUCUUGACAGACUGAAAUGUUUUGCUUCUGCAGUACUACUGCUACUAUUUCUAUUUCUAUUUGUAGGUCUGUAUCUGUCACAUCAUGUUAAGCCAAAAAUACUACUACUACUCUCAGUUACAGUAAAAGCAAUGUUGAGAAAUGUCUGACAACCACAAAGCAGAAUAGAAACACAAUAGAACACCUAUGCAACACAUUUUCUUAGAGGCCUUGUCCAGGUAGUCUGACAAAAGUGUUUAU